AUGACGCAAGCACGGUACAGAGAAGUUGUAAGGGAUAAUCUUUUGAAUGGACUUAAAUGUGAUGCCUGUGUACCUGGAAGUGAAAUACAGGUAUUAAAGCAUUAUCCUGCUGGAGGACAGAGAAUAGUUACCACAUCAGCUUCAGGAGAGAGCAUAGUAGCUACAUCAGUUAUAGGACAGAGCAUAGUAUACACUUGUACUGGAACUGAUAGCAUGGUAUUUUCAACCAGUGGAGGACAGACCAUUGUAUCGUCAAUAAGUGGAGGACCGACCAUUGUAUCGUCAGUAAGUGGAGGUCAGACCAAUGUAUCGUCAGUAAGUGGAGGACAGACCAUUGUAUCAUCGACUGGUCUAGGACAAAGCAUGGUAUCGUCAACCAGUCAGGGACAAAGCUUGGUAUCAACAACUGAUGGAGGACAGAGCAUUGUAUCAUCAACCAGUGGAGGACAGAGCAUUGUAUCACAAACCAGUGGAGGACAGAGCAUUGUAUCAUCAACCAUUAGAGGACAGAGCAUUGUUUCAACAACCGGAGGAGGACAGAGAUUUGUAUCAUCAACCAUUGUAGGACAGAGAUUUGUAUCGUCAACCAGCCCAGGACAGAGCAUUGUAUCAUCAACCAGCCUAGGACAGAGCAUUGUAUCGUCAACUAGCCCAGGACAGAGUGUUGUAUCGUCAACAAGCAGAGGACAGAGCGUUGUAUCACCAACCAGUAGAGGACAGAGCAUUGUAUCAGUAACCAGUGGAGGACAUAGCAUUGUAUCAUUAACCAGUGGAGGACAGAGCAUUGUAUCACCAACCAGUGGAGGACAGAGCAUUGUAUCAACAACCAGUGGAGGACAUAGCAUUGUAUCAUCAACCAGUGGAGGACAGAGCAUUGUAUCACCAACCAGUGGAGGACAGAGCAUUGUAUCAACAACCAGCCCAGGACAGAGAUUUGUAUCAUCAACCAUUGCAGGACAGAUAUUUGUAUCGUCAACCAGCCCAGGACAGAGCAUUGUAUCAUCAACCAGCGGAGGACAGAGCAUUUUAACGUCAGCCAGCAGAGGGCAGAGCAUUUUAACAUCAACCAGCGCAGGACAGAGCAUUGUAUCAUCAACCAGCGGAGGACAGAGCGUUUUAACAUCAGCCAGCAAAGGACAGAGCGUUUUAACAUCAACCAGCGGAGGACAGAGCAUUUUAACGUCAACCAGUGGAGGACAGAGCACUGUAUCGUCAACCAGCGAAGGACAGAGCAUCCCUGCUGUGCCUACUGGAGAAAAGAUUGUAGAUGUUCCUGUAGGUAAACAGACACCUUUCACAAAGAAAACUGAUGACAUAUUUACGGCUACUUUAGCAGGAACAACUGCAUUUAAUUCUGAAGAAUUUUUCUUUCAUCUGAGUAAAAGUCAAGCAGAUAGGAUCAAAAAUUCACUGGACAGUACUGGGAAAAAUGAAACCAAAGUGCAGCUUAGAUUCUGGAAGAUUAAUACCAAACGUGAAGAAGAGCAGAUACGGUCUGGGUCUUUUCACGUGGUUGUAAACUUUCACGUUGUAGAUAGUGGAAAGAUGGUUUUUGAUAUUGACAAAGAACAGAAGAAGCAGGAGCCUGUUGACAUAACAGCUUAUUUACACUUAAAUUCCAGGAAUAGAGUAAGAGUUGCCCACAUUAUGAAAGACGCAUUUCAUUGUGCUUGUGAAUUGGUACAGAAGAGAACUGUAGAUGAGUUGGUAGAUGUGAUGACUGUUGCUUCACCACAACAUACAGAAGACAUGAUCAAGGAGAAAUUUAAAGGAGACGAUGACUGUGAGGUAGCAACUACAAAUAUAAAGGCCAGCUUGAUAUGUCCAAUAGGGAGGAUGAGGCUUGUAAAGCCGUGCAGAAGUAAACAUUGCAGCCAUGUGCAGUGUAUAGAUGCUAAAACCAUCCUUAGUAUGUGUCGUAAUAAACCUGUGUGGAAAUGUCAGAUUUGCCAGGAACCAGCAGAGUGGAAAGAUCUUUAUAUAGAUGGCUUAUUUGUAGAUAUACUUAAGACAGUUCCCUGGGAUGUGGUAGAAGUGGAGUUUCUGAGUGAUGGUUCUUGGACACACAAGAAAGCGGCUAGUACACAUAAGGAUGCGACAGACAAAGAUAAAGAAAACAUUUGUGAUUUGCUCAAUGACACCAUUGACAAAUUAGAUGUGAUAGAUUUAACAGAGACAGACGAUGAAGGCACCCCUGCAAAAAAGACUCCACUCAAGACAAACAGUUCUUUGAUGAAUAAGAUCAACAAGGCGAAGAACAUAUGCGCUAAACUAACAAGUCGUAUUGAAGUGCUGUCCUCGUCAUACCAAACAGAUAUUGAGGAGCGUACUUCUUCAUAUGGUUGCCAUAGAAACAACAGAAAUCACUAUCGUCAGCCUGGACCUUAUGAAAGAUACAAGAGGAACAAUAGUACAAAUUAUGUUGGACAAAACAGUUACAGAAGUAGUCACUACUACCAGCCUUCAGUAAAUCUGUAUAGUUGGAGAAACAAUAAUGUAACAUCCACAGGGUCAAAUCCAAGCUAUCAACAGAAUAGCAGUUCCAGUGGCAGUUUCUUUGGACAUGUCAUUAGACCAUUUUGGAGAUGAAAAAAUUGUGCGAUAUCAACAGUGGAUAUUUUUAUUAGCUCACUCUGUUGAGUUAUUGUGAUCGCUCAAUCUUCUUUUGUCUUUACACACUGAGGUUGUGUAUGCAAUAGAAGCUGCACUAUUUACCUGAUCUUCAUGAAAUUUGAUCAGAAUGAUUGCCUUGAUGAAAUCUAGGCCAAGUUUGAAUAUUGGUCAUCUGGGAUCAAAAACUAGGUCACUAGGUAAAAUCAAAGAAAAACCUUGGGCUGCUUUUAAAUUCAUGGGUGUUAAAUCAAAUAAUAAAAAAACCUUGUGACCUCUCUAGAGGCUGUAUUUUUCAUGGGAUCUGUAUGAAAGUUGGUUUGAAUGUUCAUCUUGAUGAUAUCUAGGUCAAGUUCGAAACUGGGUCAACUGUGCUCAAAAACUAGGUCAGUAGGUCUAAAAAUAGAAAAACCUUGUGACCUCUCUAGAGGCCAUACCUUCAAAUGGAUCUUCAUGAAAAUUGGUCAGAAUGUUCACCUUGAUGAUAUCUAGGUCAAAUUCGAAACUGGGUCACGUGCGGUCAAUAACUAGGUCAGUAGGUCAAAUAAUAAAAAAACCUUGUGACCUCUCUAGAGGCCAUAUUUUUCAUGGGAUCUGUAUGAAAGUUGGUCUGAAUGUUGAUCUUGAUGAUAUCUAGGUCAAAUUUGAAACUGGGUCAACUGCUGUCAAAAACUAGGUCAUUAGGUCUAAAAAUAGAAAAACCUUGUGACCUCUCUAGAGGCCAUACUUUUGAAUGGAUCUUCAUGAAAAUUGGUCAGAAUAUUCACCUUGAUGAUAUCUAGGUCAGAUUCGAAACUGGGUUACGUGCCAUCAAUAACUAGGUCAGUAGGUCAAAUAAUAAAAAACCUUGUGACCUCUCUAGAGGCCAUAUUUUUCAAUGGAUCUUCAUGAAAAUUGGUCAGAAUUUUUAUCUUGAUGAUAUCUAGGUCAAGUUCAAAACUGGGUCACAUGAGUUCAAAAACUAGGUCACUAUGUCAAAUAAUAGAAAAAACAACGUCAUACUCAGUUCAAAACUGGGUCAUGUGGGAAGAGGUGAGCGAUUCAGGACCAUCAUGGUCCUCUUGUUAUUUGAUGUGGUCAGAAUGUUUGCCUCCAUGAAAUCUCGGAUGAGUUCUUAUCUGGGACAAAUGGGUUCAAAAACUAGGUCAAAUCAAAGAAAAAGCUUGUUUACACUCUAGGGGCCUUAUUUUAUAUUCAAUCUUCAUAAAACUUGGUCAGAAUUUUUAUUAUUAUGAAGUCUUGGAUGAUUUUGAAUCUGGGUCAUAUGGGGUAAAAAACUAGGUCAGUACUUCAAAUCAAAGGAAAAGCUUGUUUACACUCUAGGGGCCAUAGUUUUUAUUCAGUCUUCAUAAAACUUGGUCAGAAUUUUUAUUAUUAUGAAGACUUGGAUGAUUUUAAAUCUGGGUCACAUGGGGUCAAAAACUAGAUCAGUAAUUCAAAUCAAAGGAAAAGCUUGUUUGCACUCUAGAGGCCACUUUUUGCUCCAGUCUUCACUAAACUUUUUCAGAAUGUCUUUGUGAAAUCUGGGUUGUGGUUGGUCAAAAACAAGGUCACUAGGUCAAAUCAAAAGAAAUGCUUGUUUACAUUCAAGAGGGCACAUUCUUGGUCCAAUCUUAAUGAAAAUUGGUCAGAAUAUUUGUCUCCAUAAAAUAGCGGAUUGGUUAAAAAUUGGGUCAUGUGGUGUAAAAUAACUAGGUCACUAGGCCAAAUCGAAGAAAAAUGUUUUUUACACUCUAGAGGCCACAUUUUUCUCCAAUAUUCAUGCAGUUUGGUCAGAAAGUUUAUCUCCUUGAAAACUCAGAUGAGUUUGAAACUGGGUCAUGUGGUGUCAAAAACUGGGCACUAGGCCAAACAUGUUUACACUGUUGUGGUGUGUUACUCAGGUGAUUGACCUAGGGCCUUCUUGGCCCUCUUGUUUUACACUUGCAAUUUAUACUCCCACACAGUUUGGGUAAAUUUUUACCAAGUUGGCAUGAAGUAGUAGGUAAAGAAAAAGCGUUUCUUAUUUGAAGAAAAGUAGCAAGACUGUUGUUUUUACUGCAUUAUUUUAAAAGUAUGAUCAUUGGUUUAUUUUAGUCUGCUCAAUAAUUUUUGGACUUGAUUAAUAGUAUAUCUUGCAAAAAUAUUAUGUCUGUAACUUUGUUCCACUAUUUUCGAAUUGUCAAGCAUUGGCUGUUUUAAGAACAUUGGCU